CCGGUGCUCCUGUACUUCCACAGGCGGGGGCUGCUGCAUUGGCUCCUACAUGCAGCCGUCCGUCAACGUCUGCUGCCUCCGCGUCGCCACUGAGCUCCCUGGCGUCGUGCUCUUCGUCUAGUACCGUCUUGCCCUCGAGCAUCGCCUCCCCGCUGCUAUCCACAGGGGCAGAUUUCCUUUCCUGGCUCCGCGUCAAGGCCGAGAUUGGCGACACCGAACCGUGACUCCUGGAGUUGGCCGCCUUCGCCAGGACCUUUUUCUCCGGCGACGUGCGGCGGCUAGGGCGGCUCCUGGCGGCGCGCAAAAAUGAGGGCAGCACGCAGCAGCGGGGCAACGUGCGGCGGCGCGUGGCUGGGGCAGCGCGCGGCUGCGAGGAGGGGGCAGCACGAGGGGCGGCGCGCGGCUGGGGCGGCGAGGACGGGCCAGCACCCAGCACGAGGGGCAGCGGCCGCGGCUGCUGCGGCGAGGACAGGCCAGCACGAGGGGCAGCGGCGCGCGCGGCCGCGGGGACUGGGGCAGCAGGGAGGGGCAGCUCGGGGCAGGGGAGGGGGCAGCAGAAGCAGAAAAGAGACGAGGCCGCGAGAGGAAAGAGAUAGCAGCGCGUCGCCCGCGGAGGACAGCCAGCGGCGGAGAUCAGAUUCAGAUCGAGAGAGAUGUGGCCACUUGGAUUCUUCGGCUCUCUCGUCGCGGGGAGGCUCCUCCAGUACUCGCGCCGGAUCUGCGGCCAAGCCGCCUUAUUAGGAUCCGCGAAGCUCCUGCACCAGCCUAGGAGGAACCUUGGUGACCGUGUGAGUAGAUUUGGCUUCGACGACAGGUUGCCCUCGCAUGGUAGUGCUGUGGCGAUGGGUGCCUUAUCUCUCUCUAUGGGAGGACUGUUGUAUUUCAACAAAGAGAAUGCAGAGGAGCCACUAGCCCGCAAGCUGAUUCAUCAGGAGGAACUCCUGGAGGAGGAAACCAUUGAAGAGAAAGCUAUGAAGAAGAGGUUUGAGCAGUGGAUGGUCGAGAACGACCGCACGUACAAGGGCAAGGAGAAGGCGAUGCGGUACGAGAUUUUCAAGCGCGAAGCAGAGCUUGUCGACGAGCAUAACGCAAGGCCUGGCCAGAGUACCACAUGGGGGACAAACGACUUCAGUGACAGAACUGACGAGUUCCGUUCGGGUUGUGGAUGUAGCUGUCGUGUUUGGGAUGAAGAGGUCGAUGACACUGAGUCACUGACUAUAACUAAACGGCACCUGCCUGAUGCAUGGUAGCAACUGUCAGUGGUUCUAGCUCGUUUUCCCUGCAUAGUAUAAAUGGGAGCGACUUUAUGGGAGUGUGCUGUGAUAUGUAUAGCUUUGUGGAUUCUGCCGUCCGUACGUCUUUAUGUAGUCAAGAUCUGGAACUCUUUUAAUUUGCAUGUUCUUGAACAGCUAGCUUAUAUUAUAGUAUAGUUCUAGUUGCUGCUGUCCCCGGCAGUUUUUUCUUA